AUGGUGUUAGUUUUAGUAAUAGGUGAUCUUCAUGUCCCAUAUCGCGUACACGAUCUUCCCCUCAAGUUUAAAAAACUUUUGGUCGUACCGGGAAAAAUACAACAAAUCAUAUGUACGGGGAAUGUGUGUGAUAAAGAAACGUUCGAUUAUUUACGUACCAUAGCAGCAGAUGUUCACGUUGUGCGGGGUGACUAUGAUGAAUUUCCAAACUGGCCUCUCUCCAAAGUCAUAACUCACGGGCCACUUCGUAUCGGAGUUCUUCAUGGUCACCAGGUGAUUCCCGUGGGUGACGCUGAAUCUUUAUCAAUCAUAGCACGACAAAUGGAUGCAGACAUUUUAUUAACUGGUCACACUCAUCGAUUUGAGGCGAUUGAAUAUGAAGGCAAAUUUUUUGUUAAUCCUGGAAGUGCAACCGGUGCUUAUUCUGGAUUUUGUACUGAGGAUAUAAAACCAUCUUUUGUUCUGAUGGAUAUUCAAGGUUCUGUUGUUGUAACCUACGUUUAUCGAUUAGUUGAUGGUGAUGUUAAGGUUGAUAAAAUUGAAUAUAGGAAAAAUUAUGAUACAAGCAAGAACUGGACUGUCCAGUUAUUUAAAACUGACGAACUAGAACUGAAUAGACCAAGUAGUCCAGCAGAAUGGACAUAUGUCCAACACUGA